UAAAGUGAGUAAACGUAUUUGCACAGCAUUUCUUCAAAACUCGACACGUGAAUGACUUACAAAGUUUGAUUUGCUUCCUUGUGGAUCAUUUAAAACAGACAAGAAAAGGUACUCAGAAUCUUUGCAUAGAGGAUGGCCUUCACAACAUGUUUGUUCGUAUUAUGGAUUUGUACGAUCACAGGUGCCAAAGAAUUCCAAAUUGGGGGAACGAUUAAACUUCCAUGCAAUGUUCCAUCUACUUUUACUGAGUUUUCAUGGACAAAGUUUGCGACAGUCUUGGCAAAAUAUACUGUGAGCGGUUCAUCAUUUGUCAGCAACGAUGGUAGAGUAGAUGUCAUAACUCCUGAGAAAGCCGGAAAACUGGGAGAAUUGACUAUCAAAGACAUCACAAGGCACGACUCGGGAAAUUAUACCUGUACCGCUCUAGUUCGUAAUGGACCGCUAAAAGAAACUUCUUUCACAGUCACUGUCGUCGAGUUAACAAGUACAAAAUCAAGCACUUCUGGGAUGACCACUUCAGUGAAAGAAAUAGGUAAUUAG